CCACUUCAGCCGCGAAUUUUGUGUUCUUAAUCCAAUAGAAAAAGGUAGCUGUACCGUACACGUAUGGUUCAAUUCAACUAUCCAUGGCCGAAGUAUUUUUGUGGAGGGGAUCAAUUACCGAACUCUCGUUUUGUGGCUCUAUCGAAGCGCACGAAUCUCGAAGAUGAAUUAUCCACUUUAACUGAUUUUUGAAGUUGAUCGUUCGCUGUUCCUCUCCGGCGCCAAGCUCAGUAACGCCGUGUUUCUUCUAAUUUGUUUUUUUCCGAUUUUAGGGUUUCGAUUUUUCGUUUUUGGACAUGGAUUUUGUCCUCGCGAACUGCACGCAUGGCGUCUCGGUUUCUGCUGAACAACGCAGCUUCAGAGGUCGGACACUGUCGAAUUGUAGGAUUAGGUUCGUGCGAGGAAGGAACAAGAGGCUUUCUGUGGUUAGGAUUUCUAAUUUUGCUGCAGACGUUUCCGGCAGUAGAACUGCAGCGAGUGGAAGGAGUGAUGGUUCCAGUGAGGGUAAGGACUGGCAGGUGCCCAAAUCUAGUACUGCCUUGGAGUUGCUCGACAUCGAGCGUGGUGUUUGCAUACCAUUUCGCAAGUAUUCUCCCGAGACAGUGAGAAAUAAGGUGUUGGAAUCCAGAGGAGCAGUCUUGUCACUCAUUUCGCGUGGUGUAGAGAUAGUUUGGAGUCUGGGAUUGUACUGGUCCACAUUGAUGUAUGACUGCUUUGUAGGAAGGGAUGAAGAAGUUGUUCCGUUUCGCGCUCAGCAGCUUAGAAAUCUAUUGUGUGAUUUGGGACCUUCGUUUAUUAAAGCUGGUCAGGUCCUUGCCAACAGACCUGAUAUUAUUAGAGAAGAUUAUAUGAAUGAACUUUGCAUUCUUCAAGAUGAUGUUCCUCCUUUUCCUAAUCAGGUUGCAUUCAAUAUCAUAGAAGAGGAAUUGGGCCGUCCUCUUGAAGCUGUUUUUAGCAAAAUUUCAUCACAGACAAUAGCAGCAGCAAGUUUGGGUCAAGUUUACAGAGCUACACUACGAGAUUCUGGCGAGGAUGUUGCUAUCAAGGUUCAAAGACCCAAGAUAGAGCCUAUAAUAUAUCAGGACCUUUUUCUCUUUCGUACACUUGCUUCUUUCUUAAAUGGCAUCAGUCUACAAAAACUUGGGUGUAAUGCUGAGCUCAUAGUCGAUGAAUUUGGUGAGAAGCUAUUGGAGGAGCUUGAUUAUACUUUGGAAGCCCGUAACCUUGAGGAUUUUCUUGAAAACUUCAAAAAUGACCCCACAGUUAAAAUUCCUCGUGUUUACAAACAACUUUCUGGUUCACGAGUUUUAGUGAUGGAAUGGAUUGAUGGUAUCCGCUGCACUGACCCACAGGCUAUUAAGAAUGCUGGCAUUGAUGUUGAUGGAUUCUUAACAGUUGGAGUUAGUGCAGCAUUGCGGCAAUUGCUAGAAUUUGGGUUAUUUCAUGGUGAUCCCCAUCCUGGAAAUAUUUUCGCAAUGCGAGAUGGACGUAUUGCUUAUGUGGAUUUUGGCAACGUUGCCGUGCUCAGUCAGCAAAACAAACAGAUCUUAAUCGAUGCCGUUGUGCAUGCUGUAAAUGAGGAUUACGCUGAAAUGGCAAAUGAUUUCACUAGGCUCGGGUUUCUGGCCCCUGGAACAGACGUUGCUCCUAUCAUUCCGGCAUUAGAAGCAAUUUGGCAAAAUUCUGCUGGGAAAGGGUUAUCUGAUUUUAAUUUCCGAAGUGUCACUGGAAAGUUUAACCAGUUGGUUUAUAAUUAUCCUAUCCGAAUACCUGAAAGGUUUUCUCUUGUUAUUCGAUCUCUACUGACUCAAGAGGGAAUUUGUUUUACUCUCAAGCCCGACUUCAAAUUUCUUGAGGUUGCAUAUCCAUAUGUGGCAAAGCGCCUUCUGACAGAUCCGAACCCCGCUUUACGUGAACGCCUCAUUCAGGUUUUAUUCAAAGAUGGAAUGUUCCAGUGGAAGCGUCUUGAAAAUCUCAUAGUGCUUGCUAAGGAGAACGUAAUCAAGAUGAGCAGCAAUCCCGCAUUGCAAAAGAAAGACCUGCAAGGUUCAAGACAAGUUGAGAGGAAGCUUGACCUCAAAGAUACAAUCAAAGACGGGGCUCGCCUUUUCCUCCUUGACGAAGGAAUCCGUCGACAGCUUCUUCUUGCUUUGACCGAAGACUCGCAGCUUCAUGUUCAAGAGCUCGUGGACGUCUACAGAUUACUCGAAGAUCAGAUAGACAUACCAUCAAUGGCUUUGGAAGUAGCCCGAGAUUUCCCAUCAGUUGUCCGGGACCUCGUGCUUGCUUGGAGCGAUUCCGUUCUAUCAGACAGAUAAAAGAUAGCCUUAUUUAGCCACCUAUAGAAAUACAAUUUCAGUUCAUACGGAAAGCUAGUACCGAAGAUGGCUUUCUGCCGUUAUACAUUAUAAGCAUUAACCAAGAGCAUUUGUAAAUUACAGGGAGGUAUUUUAUCUUUACAGGCAUAUCAUAUAUUUGUAUAGAAAAUUACUUUCGAGUAAAAAAGGGAUUCUUCUCUGAGGAACUAAUUUUAGCCUUUUUCUUGUGCAAGAAAAUGUAUUUUUACACUGGAACUGAAAGGCUAAAUUAAUGUUUCAGUCUA